AUGGCGGAAUACUUGGCCUCCAUCUUCGGCACCGAGAAAGACAAAGUCAACUGUUCAUUUUAUUUCAAAAUUGGAGCAUGUCGUCACGGAGAGAGAUGUUCUCGCUUGCACAACAAACCGACCUUCAGCCAGACCGUUGUCCUCUUGAACAUCUACAGAAACCCUCAGAGCUCUGCGCAGCCUGCGGACGGUGUGCGCGGCGCUGUGCGUGCCCUGGAGAUGCCGGAGCACUAUGACGAGUUCUUUGAGGAGGUCUUCACUGAGAUGGAAGCAAAGUACGGGGAGGUUGAGGAGAUGAAUGUCUGUGACAACCUAGGAGACCACCUGGUGGGCAACGUGUAUGUCAAGUUCCGACGCGAGGAGGACGCAGAGAAGGCGGUGAAGGACUUGAACAAUCGUUGGUUUCAUGGGCAGCCCAUCCAUGCAGAGCUGUCCCCAGUGACUGACUUCAGGGAAGCCAGCUGCCGCCAGUAUGAAGUGGGACAGUGCACAAGAGGGGGCUUCUGCAACUUCAUGCAUCUCAAGGCCAUCUCAAGAGAGCUGCAGCGGGAGCUGGAUGGGCGCAGGCGCGAGAGGCAUCGGCCCAGGUCGGAUCCAGUGAGCCCAGUUCCGUGUGCAAAGACAAUGACUGUUGGCUCCAGUGGAGGGGGAGGUGGUGGAAGACCAGAGCGGGACAGCAGGCGGUCAAGAAAAGGUCUGGGCGAUUCUGACCGGAGCCAUUUUCACCCAGUGUCUGCUAGACAGUGUGGUAGUUAG